AUGCACACCGCUGCCCUGGGGAUUCGUUCCAGAUCCAGCACUGGUUACUUGGGAGCUGCUGUAAUACCGUACCGAAAGUUGAAACGCGGUACGAACACCGCGUAUGUAAUGUUACACAUCUGGUACCCACCUUGCACACGCCAAAUUCCUGAUCCUACCUACCUGGAGCUAUCGCACGGCGUCCACUAUGCUCGUCCUGGACGGAUCGGCGGCGCGGCAGACCUCAUCGCAGGCACGCGAAGUACACAGUUGGAGUAUGACGUUGGAGGGCAAAGCUCAGCUGCAGAGAAUAGAGUUCCCCGGCUAAUUGCCCGGCAGCAAAUGACGGUCGCGCCAGCCUGGGUGAUUCCGGAUCCCGCCAGUCACCGCCCUGCGCACUAUCGCCGCCCCAACGACGCCUUAUCUCGAUUAGAUACCUCAUCCGAUUCCGUAAUGCUCUGCUCGGCAUUGUGCUCUGCUCUCACCGACUCAUCUGCUGCCGACGUGAUUCGGAAUACACUGCGGCACCCCUUCCCGACAACCGCACAUCCACGAGAGUUGUACGGAGUACUCGAUCUCACAACACCAGGAUGGUCGUGUGCCCAGAUGAAACGUGGCCUGUGA